ACGACACGGAAUCCGGUGAUUUUUUUGGAAGUUGCAAAUUGCUGUGAGUGGAUUUUGAUGCUGCUGAAGUUAUUCUGAUGUGACGGAGGUUUGAGGGUGAGACACCUGCCUCUGGGAUCACCGGCGGACACAUCGACUGCGGACAGAUCGGCGACGCGCUCAUAGAGAAGUCUCUGGCUCAGGCAGAUCUUCUGAUGACCUAAUGGAACCAAAUGUACGACUAGUGCUGUUGUGGGUCCUGGUGCUGCACUGUGGUUCUGCUGAGGGUGGCAUCAUGUACAGGGUCCAGGAGGAGCAGCCCCCCAACACUCUGAUUGGUAGCCUGGCAGCAGACCAGGGCCUACCAGACUCAGGCCAUCUCUACAAGCUGGAGGUCGGGGCACCCUACCUACGUGUUGAUGGGAAGACGGGGGACAUUUUCACCACCGAGAUACCCAUAGACAGAGAGACCCUGAGGGACUGUCGAACCCUGGUUAAGGGUAAGCCUUGCUACCUUGAAUUUGAAGUAUCGGUGACGGACCUGAUACAAAACCAGAGCCCACGACUGAUUGAAGGACGCAUUGAGGUACAGGACAUAAAUGACAACACUCCACAAUUUCCCUCUUCUGUCCUCACCAUCUCAGUCCCUGAAAACACAAUCAUGGGGGCGCUAUUCUCCAUACCUCUGGCUACUGACAGGGACUCAGACAGGAAUGGGGUGGCGGAUUAUGCUCUGACUGCAGGGCCAGAUGCAGCAACCCUAUUUGGCUUACAGGUGGCUGACGACAGGGGGGGGAAGCUCCCGCAGCUUAUUGUCCUGGGCAACCUAGAUCGCGAGUUAAAGGAUUCCUAUGACCUCACCAUCAAGGCAAUGGAUGGAGGAAAUCCACAGCGCUACAGCAGUGCUCUGCUGAGAGUGGUAGUCACUGAUGCCAACGACAACUCUCCCAAGUUUGAAAGGUCCACGUAUGAGGCGGAAGUGUCCGAAAACAGUCCACCGGGGCACUCUGUGUUGCAGGUCAAAGCAAAUGACUCUGACAUGGGCCCUAAUGGAGAAAUUGAGUACACCCUUCACCAAGCACUAGACCCAGUGUCGACACUCUUACGAAUUGACCGGUCCACCGGCAUUAUCUACGUUAAAGGAUCCCUUGACAGGGAAGAAAUCAGCAGCUUGUCUUUCUAUGUGGUGGCGAGGGAUAAGGGUCCACAACCUAAAAGCUCAAAGACAUUUGUUACAAUUGAGGUGACUGACCAAAAUGACAACGCCCCAGUUGUGGAGAUUCGUGGAAUUGGUCUUGUGACACACAGCGAAGGAGUGGCCAACAUUUCAGAGGACAUGCCAGUUGGAACCGCUGUUGCUUUAGUGCAAGUGUCUGACAAGGAUGAGGGAGAAAACGCUAUGGUCACUUGUGUAGUCGCAGGAGAUGUGCCGUUCCAGCUUCGCCCUGCCAGCGACUCAUCCAUUGACAGUAAGAGGAAGUAUUUCCUACAGACAACCACUCCCCUGGACUACGAGAGGAUUAGGGAUUACCGAGUCGAGAUUGUCGCUGUUGAUUCUGGAAAUCCGGCCCUCUCUAGCCAAAAUUCUCUGAAGGUGCAGGUGACUGAUGUGAACGACAACUCUCCAAUAUUCUCCCCAACAUUGUUUGAGGUCGAUUUUGCCGAAGAAAACCAACCAGGGGAGAAGGUUUUGGAUGUUAUAGCUUCAGAUGCUGACAGUGGCACUAACGCUGAACUCCUUUAUAGUAUUGUGGCAGACUCAUCCAUCAAAGGUCUGUUUGAGAUUGAUCCAAAUACGGGCACAGUAAGAGCCCGAAGCCCCCUUGAUCGUGAGCAUAAAGAACGCUACGAGUUCCGGGUCACGGCAGCCGAUAAAGGGUCACCUGUUCAUAAAGGGACAGCAACUGUUGUAAUAAACGUCCUUGACCGCAACGACAAUGACCCCAAGUUCAUGCUGAGUGGCUACAGCUUUUCUGUUUUGGAGAACAUGCCUCCUCUCAGUCCAGUUGGCAUGGUGACAGUCCUGGAUGUGGACAAAGGGGAGAACGCCCUAAUUGAUCUGUCUGUAGAGCCUGAUGGAGGAAAGUUUGUCGUUCAAAAUGGAACAGGCACCAUUCUUUCAAGCAUCUCGUUUGACAGGGAGAAAGAAAGCAGCUAUACUUUCCGUCUUAAAGCAGUGGAUGGAGGAGAGCCCCCUCGGUCUUCAUAUGUGGCCGUCACGAUCAAUGUACUGGAUGAAAAUGACAACAACCCUGUGGUUACCAAACCCUCCAAUUCCUCCUUCAGGCGUUUGUCACCUCUAGCUUCCCCAGAUAGCCACGUUGAGAUAGUGGAAGCCGAAGACCUGGAUAGUGGGCCCAAUGCCGAGCUGGUGUUCAGUAUUUCUGGCGGAAACCCUUACCAGUUAUUCCGCAUUUCACCGUCCAGUGGGGAGAUCACUCUAGCAAAAGAAAUGACCCGAAAACAUGGCGGCCUACAUCGCCUAGUAGUGCGAGUGAGUGACAGGGGGAAGCCUGCACGUCAUGCCACUGCCCUGGUCCACAUUUAUGUCAAUGACACCAUCUCAAAUGUCAGCUUAGUGGAGGCUCUAGUAGGACACAGUCUUUACACUCCACUGGAAAGGGACAUUGCUGGUGAUCCUGACUAUGGUUUCGCUGCACAGCGUAGUAAUAUUUUGUUUGGAAGCCUUGCCGGAGUGGCAGGUGUUGUCAUGUUGAUCCUGGUGGUGGUAUUUAUCCGACACCGCAUCCAGAGAGAAACUAAGAGUGGGUAUCAGGCUGGCAAGAAGGAAACAAAAGACUUAUAUGCGCCCAAACAAGCACCAAAAAAUGCCAAAGGCAAACGAGGAAGGAAAGGAAAGCCCCAAAAGUCCCCAAAACCACUCGGGGAAGAUGAAGAAGUCAGCCUUCAAAAGAGUCUCAAGUUCAACCUCGAUGGAGUGAAUGAUAGCCCCAGGAUACACCUGCCCUUAACAUAUUCUCCAGGAAGCCCUGAUAUAGGCAGGCACUACCGCUCCAACUCCCCCUUACCCUCCAUCCAGCUGCAGGCCCAAUCCCCUUCAGCCUCACAGAAGCACCAGGCUGUCCAGGACCUUCCUGCCGCCAACACCUUUGUAGGAACCGGAGGAGACGACAACUCUACCGGCUCCGACCAGUACUCAGACUACAGCUACAAGACCAGCCAGAUGAAGUACAGCAACAAACAGCAUACCCAUCGACGAGUGACCUUCUCCACCACCAACCCUGUGCAGGACCUGCAGGACGCCUCUCAGCACAGCUACUAUGACAGCGGCUUGGAGGAAUCGGAGACUCCCAGCAGCAAGUCGUCGUCUGGUCCCCGCAUCGGACCCCUGACCCUGCCCGAGGAUCACUAUGAGAGAACCACUCCAGAUGGCAGCAUCGGAGAGACCGAGCACCCUGAAAACGAUAUCCGCUCGCUCCCUGAUGUGGCCAUGACCGGAAACUGUACGAACGAGUGCAGCGAGCUGGGCCACUCAGACGCCUGCUGGAUGCCCGGGCAUCCCUCCCCCGUUCGCAAGGCCAGGAACCCCCCGAAACUCUCCACCUUCGUGCCUUACCAGGAGAGAGGGAGCCUGGGACGCCUGGCCAACGGGAGCGCCAGGCUGGGGGGGGAGGAGCCCCGGUCGCGCCUCCCGCCCUCCCGCAGUGCCUACUCCAACAGCGGUAACGACGCCAGUCAGGACUGCCCCUUAGAGGAGAUGCCCCUGAGCGUGGCCUCUGAGUUCCCGCCCACCCCCCCCUCGGCCCACACUCCAAAAAGGGAAAUUUACCUGUGAGGAAUGCCGUCAUCCGAUUGGUGCACAAAUGAGGAAAAAGCUACACCCACGUCAGAAGGAGAAACAGGCUGUACACAUGCUAAAGCCAAUGCCCGUUUUGUAGGUAACAAUUGGCUGUGAAGCAU